AGCUCUUGUCAUUGGCCAAACGGAAACGCAGUGACUCUGAAGAAAAGGAGCCACCUGUGAGCAAACCUACAGCGUCUUCAGACUCUGAGACGUCAGACAGUGACGAUGAGUGGACUGUUGGAGGUUCUAAAAACAAAAAAAAGGCAAAAGCGGGUAAGGCAGAGAAGAAAGGAACCAUGAAGAAACAGAUGAACAAAGCUGCCUCUUCAGGCAGUUCAGAUAAAGACAGCUCGGCUGAGAGCUCAGCACCUGAAGAGGGAGAAGUCUCUGACUCAGAAAGCAACAGCUCCUCAUCUAGCUCAGAUUCAGAUUCUUCAUCUGAAGAUGAGGAAUUCCAUGAUGGCUAUGGAGAAGAUCUGAUGGGAGAUGAAGAAGACCGAGCUCGACUGGAACAAAUGACAGAAAAGGAGAGAGAGCAGGAGCUGUUUAACCGGAUAGAGAAGAGAGAAGUGCUAAAGAGAAGGUUUGAAAUCAAGAAGAAACUAAAAACGGCAAAAAAGAAAGAAAAGAAAGAGAAAAAGAAAAAGCAAGAGGAAGAGCAGGAGAAGAAAAAACUCACACAGAUCCAGGAAUCCCAGGUCAUGUCACAUAACAAAGAGCGGCGAUCAAAGCGGGAUGAGAAGCUAGACAAGAAAUCUCAGGCAAUGGAGGAGUUAAAAGCAGAAAGAGAGAAAAGGAAGAACAGAACAGCUGAAUUGCUUGCAAAAAAACAGCCAUUAAAAACUAGUGAAGUAUACUCUGAUGAUGAGGAGGAGGAGGAGGAUGAUAAGUCUAGUGAGAAAAGUGAUCGCUCAUCCAGAUCCUCAUCCUCUGAUGAAGAGGAAGAGAAAGAAGAAAUUCCUCCUAAAUCCCAGCCAGUGUCCUUGCCUGAAGAACUGAACCGAGUACGGUUAUCGCGACACAAGCUGGAACGCUGGUGUCAUAUGCCCUUCUUUGCCAAGACAGUCACUGGCUGCUUUGUCCGUAUUGGCAUUGGAAAUCACAACAGCAAACCUGUUUAUCGGGUUGCUGAAAUAACUGGUGUGGUAGAGACUGCAAAGGUUUACCAGCUUGGUGGUACCCGGACAAACAAAGGACUACAGUUGCGGCAUGGCAGUGAUUCGCGUGUGUUUCGUUUGGAGUUUGUCUCGAAUCAGGAAUUUACUGAAAGUGAGUUUAUGAAGUGGAAGGAAGCGAUGUUCUCUGCUGGGAUGCAGCUGCCCACACUAGAUGAAAUAAACAAGAAGGAAGUGUCCAUCAAAGAAGCCCUCAACUACAAGUUUAAUGACCAGGACAUUGAGGAGAUAGUGAAAGAGAAGGAAAGGUUCAGAAAAGCACCUCCAAAUUAUGCUAUGAAGAAAACUCAGCUGUUAAAGGAGAAGGCUAUGGCUGAGGACUUGGGGGACCAAGAUAAGGCCAAACAGAUUCAAGAUCAGCUUAAUGAACUUGAAGAGAGAGCAGAGGCCCUGGAUCGUCAACGAACAAAAAACAUUUCUGCAAUCAGUUACAUCAACCAGAGAAAUAGAGAAUGGAAUAUCGUUGAGUCUGAGAAGGCUCUUGUGGCUGAAAGUCACAGCAUGAAAAACCAACAAAUGGACCCCUUCACUAGGCGGCAGUGCAAACCCACAAUAGUGUCUAAUUCCAGAGAUCCUGCUGUCCAAGCUGCCAUCCUUGCCCAGCUAAAUGCAAAAUACGGGUCUGGUGUAUUACCAGAUGCUCCAAAGGACAUGAGUAAGGGUCAAGGGAAGGAUAAAGAUGUGAACUCUAAAUCAGCCAGUGACCUCUCAGAAGAUCUUUUCAAAGUGCAUGACUUCGAUGUAAAGAUUGAUCUUCAGGUUCCCAGUUCAGAAUCUAAGGCACUGGCCAUCACCUCCAAGGCUCCACCAGCAAAAGAUGGUGCCCCUCGGCGAUCAUUGAACUUGGAGGACUACAAAAAGAGGCGGGGGCUUAUUUGAGCAUGCCCACUCUGCUGCUUCUGAUCCUGCAUGCUCCAUGGCGAUGUCCUACCUUUUCUUCCUCCCUUUUCAGUUCUCCCUUCUGGGUUGGAGCAGCAGUGGAGCUGGGAAGAGACUCUUUAAAACUGCCAGUCAUCUGUAACAUAAACCAUUCAACUAUUUACUGUAUAGACCUCCCUUCUUGCCCUUUCUUCCUGCCCCCCUCACAAAUGUGGAUCUGUGCUAUUUGGGGUUUUCCCAUUUCUUUUAGUUUGAGUUUUGUUUUUAUUUUGUUGAUGCAGCUCGUUGGUCCACUCUGUGUUCAGUAUUAGCCUGAGGUCUGGAUUUCCAUAGGAAUCUCUUGGUGGUCGCAGAAUCAGCACUUGGUGAUCUCCCUUUAUAUACCACCACAGGCACGGUGAAUAAACAUUGGCGCAAGACCUUUGUGGCUGGAAGGUCAUCUGCACUUUCUUCCUCCUCUUCUUCCUCCUUCAUCCUAGCUUUGGAGAAGGGAAUCUUCAAAAACUGGCUUAGGUUCAAAGUGUAAAUUUUUUUGGGAGGGUUGUGUGACUUUUUUUCAGGUGUUUUUUAUCAUUUUUAAGCUGCAGUACUAUUUGUAUCCGUCUGUCACAGUUCUUUACGGCUGUUUUGAAUUUCUACCAGCUGUAUUUGAGCAUCUGAAAUUGCAAGAAAGAAACUCAUUAAAUGUGAUUCUUCUUACUAAAA